UGUUGGAUAUAAAAGCAUAUAAAUAGUACUAAGAGACAAUUGUAAGGAACACUUAAGUAGGAAAAAGAAAUGGUCGGAGGUAAGGAAUCGUUUGAUUUAAGGAAGAAGAAAGGAAGCCUUAUUCCUCUAAAUGUUCAUGACUCUCUUCUGCACGUAUUCUUCUCUAACUUGAUAUACAUAUAUAUAUUCACUUGUCUUUCACUUCUUCUUUAACUCACAAACUCAGAAUUACUAGUGUUGCGUAUUCAUGGCUUCUCACUUUACUUCAUUUACCAAUGUUUGGUUUCUCUUGUUUGCUAUUGCCUUGGGGGUAAAAUUGUCCGAAUGUACGAAUAUUACCAUUAUAAACUACUGUACAGAGACAGUAUGGCCUGGAAUUACACCUAAGAACAAUUUCAGUGGAGAUGGUUAUGAGCUGAAACAAGGCGAGUCUGCUGUCUUUACCGCUCCGGCUGGGUGGAGUGGACGUAUAUGGGGUCGAACCGGGUGUGACUUUGACAAGAAUGGUAACGGUACGUGCCAGACCGGUAGGUGUGGGACCGGCUUAAAAUGUCGUGAACCGGGUCAACCUCCAGCUUCAAUUGCCGAAUUUACCCUUGGGGAUACUGAUUUUUACGAUGUUAGCCUUGUGGAUGGGUUCAACUUGCCUAUAGUAGUAAAACCUGUAAAUGGCAAAGGAAACUGCAGUUCUGUAGGCUGUGACAGUGAUCUCAGACCAAAUUGCCCUUCUGAGCUAGCUCUCAAGUCGGACGGCAAGACGAUCGCCUGCCGGAGCGCAUGUAACGUCUUCGACACCGAUGAAUAUUGCUGUAGGGGCACAUUUAGCAGUCCAAUUUCAUGUUUGCCUACAAACUAUUCAACGAUUUUCAAAACAGCAUGCCCUGUGGCUUAUAGCUUUGCCUUUGAUGAUCCAACUAGUAUCAUCACUUGCUCUUCUACUGACUAUCUUGUGUCAUUUUGUUCGUCAAGGAACCAGAACCAGACACAGUGCACAAAUCAUGGCAAGAAUGUGACUUGUAAUGGAGCAUAUGGAUUGAAUUCACUCUUUAAAACAAGAGAUAUACUGAUGGUUGGAUUGGCAACAGUGAUAAGUCUUGGAGGAUUGAUGUUUUGACAUAAUAUUGUACAGAUUCUCAUCUUUUUGAGCACCUGUUGGCAACUACAUUUACUUUUCUCAUUCUUUAGGAUUUUGAUUCCAUUUCCUUGUCUUUUGAAAUUUUGUUCACUAGUGUGAAAACAUCAAAAUUUGGCCAUUUACACAAAGUGCAUAAGCUUCAAAUUCUCAGAGCAAAACUGUAUAUAUGGAAUAUUGUUUUAUGCUUUGAAGGUGAUAAAAUUCCAGCAACUCCCUACACCCCUACCACCACCAAAAAGAAAAAGAAAGAGGUACUGAGAUUACAGGAAAGAAGUGUCUUCUAUGGUAACAACUUCUAAAAAGGCCAUCUUCAGCCAACGAAUCUUAAAAGGGCCAUUGACGAAAACAAGACACUCUUAUGCUCUUCCACCUUAGCAGAAGCAAUUGCCAACACUAAAUAGCAGUCAGGAACUUUUAUCUAUUUUUCUUGAUGUCGUGCAUUGAUUAAAAUCCCCCAAGAGAAACUAUUAGACGGAUAUAUAAUAUUUAUCAUAUAAAAUCAAUCACAUUUAUAUCAUGCAUGUUCCAAGGAGGCUAAACUACGAAAUCCCACCCAAAUGAUACUGUUUUUAAGGGCAAAAAACAGUUUCUGCUUCAAUCUUAGAACCGUCACACCAGCUGUAACCACCUACUAUAAAGAAAAAAGGAAAAAAAGAAAAGAAA